UCCGUUUGCUGCAACAUUAGUACAAGAGUGAUGAAACUGACAUUAAUUUCGACCUCCUGAGGAGUGUACCAACAUACAGGCAGAAUGACUGAAAACAGACAGCUUAAUGUUGUAUUCAUCCAUCCUGAUCUUGGGAUUGGAGGCGCAGAAAGAGCUGUCGUUGAUGCUGCGCUUGCAUUGAAGUCUAGCGGUCACUCUGUCCAGUUCGUGACUGCCCAUCAUGAUCCAAGCCAUUGCUUUGAAGAAACCAGAGAUGGCCAACUGAAAAUUACAGCUGUUGGAGACUGGUUACCCAGACAUGUCUUCGGUCGAUGUGCCGCUCUGUGCGCAUAUAUUCGAAUGAUUUACGCAGCAAUAUAUCUUGUCUUUUUCAGCGAUAUAAAUCCAGACAUAAUUUUCUGCGAUCAGAUUUCUGCAUGCAUUCCCUUUUUACGAAUUUCCAGAGUGAAAAUUAUAUUUUACUGCCAUUUUCCCGACCUGUUGCUCACCCAGAGACAAAGUUUGUUUAAAAGACUGUACCGCUUGCCCAUAGAUUGGCUUGAGGAGUGGACAACAGGAAUGGCGCAUUGUAUAUUAGUUAAUAGUAAAUUUACAGCUGGUGUAUUCAAGGACACAUUCAAGACUCUUGGGCAUAUCAACCCUGAGGUGCUGUACCCUAUACCAAAUCUUUCAACACUGGGAAAACCUGUAGAUCCUCUUCCCAAAAGUCAUUGCCCACCCAAAGAAACAAAGACACUGUUUUUGUCAAUCAACAGAUAUGAACGUAAGAAAAAUCUAGGACUUGCAAUAGAAGGGCUGGCAAAACUCAAGGAGAGCAUUCCUCUGUAUGGCAUACACCUGAUAAUGGCUGGUGGCUAUGAUGAAAGGGUCACAGAAAACAAAGAACAUUAUUUAGAAUUAAAGGAACUAGCAGAAAAACUUGGGGUUCAGACCCAUGUCUCAUUUAUUCGAUCCUUUAGUGAUUCGGAAAAAAGAUCACUGCUUAGCAAUGCAACCAGUCUGAUAUACACUCCUGAUAAAGAACAUUUUGGUAUUGUACCAGUAGAAGCAAUGUUCAUGCAGUGUCCUGUAAUAGCAGUGAGAAGUGGUGGCCCUGUAGAAACAGUUGAUGAUAAAGUAACAGGCUUCUUGUGUGAUCCCACCCCACAGAGCUUUUCUGAAUCCAUGCUAUACUUUGUGAAAAAUCCUAACGCUAAAGAGGAGAUGGGAAGGGCAGGUAAACUUAGAGUCAUUGAAAAGUUUUCCUUUCAGGCAUUUUCAAGACAGCUAAAUAACUUGAUAAUGGAGUUAAAAUUUGGCAAGGAAAAGUGACUUGAACAUUGAAUUGAAAAAACAUGAGGUCUCUGAUGUUUCUAUAUAAAACACCUAUAUAAAUGUAAUAUCACAAAAAAUGAUUGAUACAAUGGUUCAUCUCUUUAAAUUAACAGAGAAAAGAUGAAAAAGGUUACACAUGUGCAAAAACAUUACCUUACUGAAGUAAGAGGUCUUGAUAUACUCUAUUCUUGGACAAAUGGAACAUUUUGUCUAUACUCUAAUGAAGAAUGGUAGUUAAGUGCACAUUCAAAAAUGGUUGACUAACUACAAUAAAACAUUCUUACAUAUUUUAGGUCAAUACUGGGUUUUUCUUCUGAGUACCUGUAUUUUUUAUUGUGCUGAUUGAAAUGACCUAAUUUAUAGGGAUUGUUGUUUCAUUAAGUUGUAAAAUGACUGUUAAGCACAUCUUUUUGUAACAUAAAUAUUCAUUGGUAAGGUCAGAAUUGUGAUAUACGAUUUUCAUUUGACACUUUUUAUUAAAUGUAAUUACUGGUGUGUAUUGUUUGUAUAAACCGCAUAUGAAAUAUAAUGACAUCUUGAAACUUGUGUAA